AUGAAGUUCGCAAAGGAGCUCGAGCGGGAAGCCGUGCCUGAAUGGCGCGUCAAGUACCUCAACUACAAGGCCGGCAAGAAGCACGUCAAGGCCCUCUCCAGGGCCCUCGCCCGCGCGAAUGGGACACCAAGGACCGGGCCUCUGAGGGCAAGCACUUUCCUCUCGCCCAUGACGCCUCGCCAGCCCUUUAGCAAAUCGAGAAACUCGGGACGUGAUACUGCCCAUGGCACCGACGGCAAUGGCUCCGCGACGAUACCCGCCACCGCCUCUUCGGCCGCCACCAAAGCCAUACCUACACCGCGAGGUCGCGAACACGAUUCCCUAACAGAAGCUGGAGAUCACCGACAUUAUGGGAGCUUUGUCGAAACACCGCCGGAUCCAUCGCCCAUGGCUGAAGCACAUGGGCAUCACGAAGCACAUGGACAUCACGAAGCACAUGGACAUCACGACUUUCAGCUUCCUGCGCCUGCUAUGACGGUUGACGAACAUGAGCGCCCACAUGCGCAUACCGCCGUGUCAGCCUCUGACCUCAUGCGACGGAGCUUCAACCGCCUCGAUCCCCGAAGGACAUCCUCCACCAGCGUCGUCCCGACCGCCUCAACAAUUGCGUCGCCCGUGAUAAACAACCCUACCAAGCAGCCGAUUGAAGUCAACCAUGCCGAUUCGCCAUCCCACCUACGCCGCCUCUUUACCCACACGUCCACCGCGAGGAGCGAGCGGAGGGUCGACAUCAACAUGCAGAACUUUGACCUCAUGAAGGAGAAGGAGCGCGAGUUCUUUGAUUUUCUCGACAAGGAGCUCGAAAAGGUCGAGGCGUUCUACAAGAUGAAGGAAGAGCAGGCUGGUCACCGCCUCGACAUCCUGAGGGUGCAGCUCCACGAAAUGAGGAACCGGAGGAUCCAGGAGAUGGCCGAGGACCGCGAGCGCGAGGAUAACCCCCCCAAGAAGGGGAACCACGAGAACGGCAACGGCAAGCUCAACGGAUGGGUUGACCCCAUCAAAGCCAAGAUCUUCCCCGUGGGACCAAACACCAAGGCCCUGCAACGGAUGGACCUGACGCCCAACGCCAACGGCGUCCUCCAGAGCGGCGCCGACGCCGAGAGGGACUACAUCCGCCGGCCGGAUCACCACGAGGUCCCCUACCGCACGGCAAAGCGCAAGCUCAAGCUCGCCCUGCAGGAGUUCUACCGCGGCCUGGAGCUGCUCAAGUCCUACGCUCUCCUGAACCGGACGGCCUUUCGGAAACUUAACAAGAAAUACGACAAGGCUAUGAAUGCCCGGCCGCCGUACCGUUACCUCAACGAAAAGGUCAAUCAGGCAUGGUUCGUCAACAGCGAUGUGCUUGAGGGUCAUAUCCGGACCGUUGAGGACUUGUACGCCCGAUACUUUGAGCGUGGCAACCACAAGCUGGCUGCUGGCAAGCUGCGUAGCCUCAACAAGAAGCCCGAGGACCAGUCCAUUGGCAUGUUCCAGAACGGACUCCUCAUCGGCACCGGCGCCGUCUUUGCCAUCCAGGGUCUCAUCUACGGAGCUCAGCUGCUAUACCAUGAAGAUGACGAUGUGCGUCAGCAGACGAGCUACUUGAUGCAAAUCUACGGCGGUUACUUCCUCAUGCUCUACCUCUUCUCCCUCUUCUGCAUAGACUGUCUGCUCUGGAACCAAAACAAAGUCAACUAUCCCUUCAUUUUCGAAUUUGACCAACGACAUCAUCUCGACUGGAGAGAGCUCGCCCAGUUCCCCAGCUUCUUCUUCCUCGUUCUCGGUCUCUUCAUGUGGGUCAAUUUCAGCAGAUAUGGCGACCCGUCCAUGUACAUUUACUAUCCUGUCAUUCUCAUCUUCUUCACCAUUUGUGUGCUCUUCUUCCCCGGCCCCUUGAUAUGGCACCGGAGUCGCAAGUGGUUUGCCUAUUCUCAUUGGCGGUUGCUUUUAGCUGGUCUUUAUCCCGUCGAAUUUCGAGAUUUCUUUCUUGGUGAUAUUUACUGCUCACUUACAUACUCGACAGCGAACAUCGAACUCUUCUUUUGUCUCUACGCACAUCAUUGGGACGACCCCGUGCAGUGCAACUCCAACCACUCCCGGCUCCUGGGUUUCCUGACGGCCCUCCCUCCCAUUUGGCGUUUCCUCCAGUGUAUUCGUCGUUAUAAAGAUACACGCAAUGUCUUUCCUCAUCUUGUCAACGGUGGCAAGUAUACUGCUACCAUUCUUGCUGCUGUCAUGCUUUCACUUUACCGCAUCCAUAACUCUCGGAGUCACUUGGCGCUUUUCAUUACAUUCUCAAGCAUUAAUAGCAUCUAUUGCUCAUUCUGGGAUCUGUUUAUGGAUUUCUCCCUCCUCCAACCCCAGUCCAAGCACUGGUGUCUCCGCGAUAUUCUUGCCCUCAAGCGUCGAUGGAUGUACUACUUCAUCAUGGUGGUCGACCCAAUCCUCCGUUUCGCCUGGAUCUUUUACGCCAUCUUCACACACAAUACCCAGCACUCGACCAUCGUCUCCUUCAUGGUCGCCUUCAUGGAAGUCACUCGACGAGGCAUGUGGGCUCUCUUCCGCGUCGAGAAUGAGCACUGCGCAAAUGUCUCGCAGUACAAGGCCUCGCGCGAUGUGCCCCUGCCAUACCGCAUCGAACCCCUCAUGGACCGCGCCAGCACCGACGGCUCAGUUGCCGCCCAGCAGCCUCCAGCCACCGCUGGUGUCGCAUCCUUCGAGGAGCCAACCCGCCAGCCUACGGCCGAGUCUACCGCCGUCUCGCUUGGUGCUGCAGAGGAGGGCAUGUCGCGCCGUAGGACGGAGCCGCCUGCCCCUCCGCGACGCACCUUCUCCCGUAUCCUGGCUGAAGCACAUAAACAGGACUUUGUGAAGCGUCGCCGUCCGCUCGAGCAGACUGAGGAGGAGAGGGCUGAUGAGCUGGGACAGUCUGACGAUGAUGAGGACGAUGGUGAUGAGGUUGUCAGUCUGCUUGAGGCGACAGAUGGUGAGGACAACAGGCCCCGCUCGUCUGGUCGUGGAUAUAGCCGAGGUGGUUGA